CGGCGCAGCAAGCGGCUUCAGGGACGUGCGCAAGGUGAACACGGGGGCUGCCAGCUCGGCGCCCAGGCUCAUCCCGUGAAGACUGGAAGCUGAGGGCUCCAGGCCCAGGCAUCAGAGCGGACCAUGGCUCCCAGCCCCUGGGGCUGUGUGUAUGGCCGCCUGCUGCUGUUGCUGCUGCUGUCCCUGGGGGCUGGGUCUGCCCUGGGCCGGGGCCUUCCCAGGCCACUUGAGGACUUGGAACCACACUUGAUCCCAGGAGCCCACCCCAAGGGCCCUGUUGGCACAGAGCCCCAGGCCUUUGACUUCUUCUGGGAGAAGCCCAGAGACGAGAGCCCCUGGAACUCCAAUGUCCCCCAGGUCCCUGCUGAGGAGAUGCCUGAGAGGCCCACAGACUCCCUUGGCCCAGCCCUGCAUGGACCUAAAGCAGCCCAUGGGGCGCAGAGAGAAGGACUCCCAGUAACUGAUGACCUCCAGGUGGCUCGAGGGCCAGUUUUUCAGGGCUGGACAGGACCUCCUGAAUCACAGGAGUCUGUGGAGCAAGAAGCACCAGCCCCCUAUCCAGUGGGCACCCCCCAUCUCACUUUCACCCCCACAACUCCCAGACUCCAACUCGGGCUAGCCACGGUUCCUCCCAUCCCAGGGCAGCCUGGAAGCCAAGUGGGACAGCGACCACCUAGAGAUGAGGGUCUUGUGGCCAAAGCCAAGAUCGGGGUCUCAGAGACAUCCCCCUGGGACCACAAGGGCCCUCCCCACACUCUUGCGCCACACCCAGGCACUAUCAUGAGGGCAGGGCUGAAAGAACAGGGUGGGAGUGAGGAGGACUUCCAGGAGGCAGCUCAAGGCCCCCUCUUCACCCAGCAGGAUCCAGCAGCUCCUGAUGUUGGCUCAGUAUCACCAGCUGAGGCGGCAUCCUCUCAGGAGCCUGGGUCCCAGCCAGACCUGGCAUUGGCCAGAAGCCUUCCUCCUGCUGAGGAGCUGCCCAUGGAGCUCCCCAAGAAGGCUGGAGGUGGGGAGACCUGGGAAGUCAGUAUUCCAAGUCCCUCACCCAAACAGACUGACCUCCCUGAUGUUAGGGGCUCAUCAGGACCCCAGCCCUCAGGUCCCCCAGCCUCAGAGACUCCUAAUGGGCAGCCCAAGCCAGAGAUAGCAGCAAUGAAUGGAGCAGACCCCAUCUCCCCCCAGCGUGUGAGAGGAGCAGUGGAGGCCCCAGGUACCCCCAAGUCCCUCAUCCCUGGCCUUUCGGACCCUGGCCCAACUACAAACGGAACAGAGAGCCCUGGGGGAGCCCUGCAGCCAGAUGAAGCCGAGGAGUGGCCGGGGCGUCCCCAAAGCCACCCCCCAGCGCCCCCUGUCCAGGCCCCCUCGACGUCACGCCGGGGCCUCAUUCGGGUCACCACGCAGCGUGCCCUGGGCCAGCCACCCCCUCCGGAGCCCUCCGCCAGCUCCGCGGCAUCAGUCCCAGCCUCCAGCCCCCCGGCCAACGCCACCUCACCUCCCCUGCGCUGGGGUCCCCUGCGGCGGGUGCUGAGCUUUUCCUGGGAGCUGCACGUCUACGGGGUCGGGGUGCUCUUCCUGCUGCCUGCGUUGUUGGCACUGGCCUCGCUGGCAGCCGCCCCUGCGGGGCCCCGGUUGGCACUGGUGGCGGCGGUGCUGGUGCUGGUGGCGUCGGGGCUGCGGUCCGCCUACAUGCUCACCGACCCCUAUGGCUCGCAGGCACGGCUGGGUUUACGCGCCGGCCUGGUGCUCUACAAUCUGCCCUUUCCCUUGCUACUCACCGCGCUGGCGGCCCUGACCCUGCUCGGCCUGGGCGCGGGGCUGCCACAGCAGCUGCAGAACCCGCUCCUCCUGGGAGCGCUGGCGUUGGCGCACGGCUUGGGGCUGCUCGCCACAGACCUGCUGUCGGCGAGGCCUGCGCUCAACCUCCUGGCUCAGGGCUUAUCGUGCGCCUGGGGCGCGUCCGUGGCUCUGGGCACGCUCUGCCUGUGCCGUCGCCGCCUGCUGGACGGGCCGAGGGGCUGGGAUGCCAGCCCGGGCCCCAGGCUGCUGGCCGUGGCGGGCGCGCUAGGGCUGCUGGCCAGUGGCUUGCAGCUGGCGGCCGCGCUCUGGCUGUACCCGGGCCCCGGCCGGGUGGGCCACUUCUCGUGGGCCUGGUGGGGCGUCCACUUCUGGCUGCGCCUGCUGGAGCUGACGUGGGCGCUCACCCUGGCGCUGGCCGCUCUGGCCGCCGCGCGGCCCAGGCCGCCCACAGAGCACGCCUGCUGGGCUAAGCUGCUGCGCCUGGCGUGCCCUACGCCCUCCGGCAAGAGCGAGGUGCCCGAGAGGCCCAACAACUGCUACGCGGGGCCCAGCAGCGUCGGCGCAGGUAGCCUGGACAUUAGCAAGAGCCUCAUGCGCAACCCGGCGGAGGGUGGGCCUCCAGCCACGCCCAGUUCAGGCGCCUGGGGUUCGGCUGCGUCGCUGGGCCGCGGUCCCCUGGGUGGCCCGGGACCGUCCCGCAGCAGCAUGGGGCCGGCGCCAUCGAUGAGCGAGCUGGACCUGCGGCCGCCAUCACCCAUCAACCUGAGCCGCAGCAUCGACGCCGCGCUCUUCCGAGAGCACUUGGUGCGAGACAGCAUCUUCCGGCGCUGCGGCCUCCGUGGCCUGGCCUCCCCGCCGCCCGGGGGCGCGCUGCGGCCGCGCCGGGGCAGCCACCCCGACGCCGAGCUGGAUGGCGCAGGUUCUUCGCUCCUCCGCGGCCGCAGCCGGUCGCUCAGCGACGUGCGCGUGCGCGGCCCGGUCCCACCACAUGUAGUGGACGAGCCUGUCGGGGCGGCUUCCGGCAGCUCCGUGGACAGCUUCUCACGGGGCUCGCUCAAGAUCAGCUGGAACCCCUGGCGCCACGGGCUGUCGUCGAUGGACAGUCUGCCCCUGGAUGAGCUGCCCAGCACGGUGCAGCUACUGUCUGCCCCAGCUCCUGCCCCGGGUCCCGCCCGGCCCGGGGAGCCCCAGAAUGGGAUCCAGCCUCGCUGCAAGCCUGGGGACUCCCGCAGCGCCUCUAGUGACACCAUCGAGCUCUGAGGGGGUCCAGAAACUCAGGACCAGGGCCCCGCCCUCGAUGGCCCUACCGCGGCAUGACCUUCUGGGAUGCUGAGCAUUUGAAAAACAUUCCGGGAGUAUUCCUGGGCCCCAACUGAUUGCAGCCUCCGGAGACAGCCGGACACGAACCCACCCCCACCCCCAGAUUUUUGUUUUUUAAAAUAUCUCUAUUUUUUAGCGGGUAUUUUGCACAGAGGCUGUGACUUAUGCAGAAUACAGGGUGGACAUGCACGUAUUUGGGAAUGGGGAACAGGGUCCAAAUGCCCUAACAUCCCAUCCAGACUCUCCAGUGUGAAGAUGAGGCUUGACUGUCCAGACUGUCCUCUUUGUGCCAAAGAAAUAAACCCUUAGGACUUGGCUCAAGCCUCCCUCCAGCCAUGCCAGGAUCCUGUUUAGAGGAGAUACCCACCCCCAGUGAUUCUAAGUCCUGUGUUUAUUGCGGAGGGGAGGACUUCCAAAGGAAAGGGCCCUCAAGCCUUGGAGGCUUUAGAAAUAAUGGCUAUCAAUAUUUCACGGAACAUCUAUCUGUUGUACACUGUCUUCAGCUUUUCACAUCCAUCACCUUAAUUCACACAGUAAGCCUGAGUGGGAAGCGUUAUCAUGCCCAUUUUAUAGAUGAGAAGAGUGAA